AUGCCAGGAACAGGAGUUUGGAUCAUCACAGCAAAUGAUAAGGAGAUCUUCUCAAGCAGUAGAAGGGUCACAGCAGCUAUCCCCCUUCAAGCCAAAUGGCGGGCCCUCUUACAUGGCAUUCAAUAUGCCAUAAAGAUGAAGAGAGUGGCUAUAUUUUUUGACUCAGAAAGCGUGAGAUUCAACUCCCGAUUUAAGCUUCUGAGUGGUCUAAAUAACUACUGCUUGGCUGUCCUGGAAGCCGGACCUAACACUUUCCUGAUCCCCCAUCACCGGGAUGCAGAUGUUGUUGUCAUCGUUGUUAAGGGGAAGGCAACAAUCAACUUGGUGCACAAUGAUAACAGGGAAUCCUACAAUCUUGAGUGUGGAGAUGUAGCUAGGAUUCUUGUUGGAACGACGAUCUACUUGGUGAACAGAGACGACAACGAAAACCUCUAG